CCGCUGUACUCAUUCUGUUUUUAUACACAGUAUGUCAAAAGACAAAUUGAAUAAAUAUCAUCUAUCCAUUGAACAUUGAAUAAACUGAAUCAUACUGAUAAACACAAAUAUGAAACUACCAGAUAUCGUGUUUUCAAGAGUAUUCCUCCUGAACAUCUUCCUAUCCUCCUUCAUCACAUAUUCAAUGAAAUGUUGUCAAGCCACAUUUGACAUUGUGACAGUAACUGAUGACGAUGAACACACUUUGGUUAGAAGACAAUUUCAAAUGAGUAUAGAGGAGGCUUUGAGUAGAAUAGCUGCACAAAAUCAAGACAAUCAACCUUUGCUGAGUACAUCCCAGUUAACAGAACUUAUGGGUGCAGACGGGAGCACAGGAUAUCAAGGACCAGUGCUACAAGAAUUCACAAAUAUUGCUAAAUCAAUCACCAGAUAUCGACCUAGAAAUUCUUCAAUUCGGAAUGAUCAAAAUGUGUGGAUACAGGUCAUCAAAGUAAUUGUAGUAUUUUUCACUUGUAGUAAAGUUUUCAAAUAUUUUUAUUAG